AUGGCGUUUCGCCCGCCAUCGUCGCACGGCCAGGGGCACGGCGGCGAGGUGAGGGGGCUUGGGGGGCGCGCGGAGAAGCCGGGCGGCGAGGGGAAGGUGCUCGGGCGCGCGGAGAAGUCGGGCGGAGAGGGGCGCAGCCAUGGGCGCGCGGAGAAGCCGCCGACGAGCAUGAAGGACGGCAGCUGGAUCUCCGCGGACGCGCGCCAGCAGCAGCACGGCGCACCAUGGAACGCGCAGGCGGGGCGGGCACGACGCCUGAAGCCGCGCGCGUGGCGAGCUGCGUUCGACGCGGAGGGGCGUCUCGUGCGCAUGCCAGCCGUUCUGCGCGCUGUGCUGGACGGGGUGAGAAUGGGGGGAAGCAGGCGGGGGAGGGAGAGCGUGGGGGGAGCGGGCGGGACAGUAGGAAAGGCAAGGGGUGGGGGGGAUCUGUCGGAAGGGCGUCCCCGUCUCGUGCGCAGCAGCAAGCAGCCAGUGCCAAUGCCAACUGCUGUUUCCUUCCUACAUGCUCUCCUCCUUUCUCUGUGCCUGGGGGUGGAUCGGUCGAUACGAGGGGAGGUGUGGGAGUUCCUGCUGGGGUGCUUCUCUCUCGACUCCACCGCUGAAGAGCGCAACUACGUGCGCGCCGCCCGCCGGGAGCGGUAUGAGCAGUUGGUGCAGCAGUGUGCGCGCAUGCAUGGGCGGGUGGGCACGGGGCAGCUGGCCUUCCCCGUGGGUUCGCGCAUCAUGGACUUCUCCGAUAAGAGCGCCGGGAGUGGCAGCAACCCAACGUUUCGCAUGGAACAGCUGAUGGAGGAGGGCGGGCCGCGGCUGCACUCGUCGUCCUUCUCCUUCCCCCUCGACCUGCUUGACCUUGAAGACCCGAGGGCACUGCUUGGUGGUGGGGGGGGGGAGGAGGACGAGGAGGAGGAUGAUGAGGAGGAUGAUGAGGAGGGGGAUGGGGAGGAGGAGGGGGAGGAUGGGGAAGGGGGGGAUGGGGAGAAGGAAAGGGAAGGGGGUGUGGGCAUGGGACACGAAAAGAGGAAGGCGAAGGGGAGGAAAGGGGCGGAGGGCGGAGGAUGGGGAGGGGGAGGUGAGGGGGCGGGAGGGAAGGAGAGGAAGGGGGGAAUGGAAGAGAUGAGGGCAAAGUGGGCGCGGGAGAGGCAGAGGCGGUAUGAGAGGGUGGACCACUCACACCCCCCACAUGCCAGGGCCAGCGGUGGCGGUGGCGGGAGAGGAGGGGGAGCAGGGAGGACUGGAGAAGGGUUUGGAGGAGCAGGGGCAGGAGGAGGAGGAGGAGGAGGAGGAGCAGUGGGAAUGCGGGAUGGCAGCAGCAGGUCUCAGCGCACACGCAGCACCGAUGUGGGGCUGCUGACGGGGCGAGCAGUAGGAGCGGUGGGUGCAAACGCGCCUCUCACGCGCGCCCGCAGUGCUCGCACAGACGACCCCCUCCCUGCUCCCCCUGUUGCUGCGCCUUGUGCUGCUACUGUGGAGGGCUCGCAGUCAGGCAGCACAGGCACAGGCAGAACGCCAGGGGAAUGUGACAGCUUAGCCGGUGCUGAUGUCACAGGCGGUGGUGCUGAUGGUGCUGGAAAUGCAGAUGGUGCAGCGGGGGCAGAUGCAGCGGUGUGGCAAGCAGCAGCAGCAGGUGGCGAGGAGGGGGAGGGGAGCUGCCCGGACGAUGGGGUGGGUGGGGAGGGGCAGCGGCGCAAAGGCAAGAAGAAAUGGACCAGACUGCUGCCGGGCAAGGGGAAGGAAGGGAGGGAAGGGAAGGAGGGCAGGGAGGGCAAGGAGGGCAAGGAGGUAAAGGAGGGGAGAGAGGGGAGGGAGGGCAAGGAGGGGAGGGAGGGCAAAGAGGGAAAGGGACGGCUGCUGACAGGGGUUGGAUCCGUUAGUGGCAACGCCCUGCUGGACCCAGACGUCCUCGUUAUAGAGCAAGGAGGCGAGGUGGAGGAAGAGGAGGAGGGUGGGGGGCUAGGUGCAGAGGAGGAGGGUUCUGCCACAGGAGGAGGCGGAGGGGAAGGGGGGAUGGGCGGGGGAGCAGGGGGAGAGGGCAAGGGGCCGUGGCAGAGGGGAGUGAAGAGUGUGAAGAAAGCACAUAAGAAGCUGCGGGGGUACUUGGGUGCAGGGGAGAGCGCAGGGGGGGAGGAGGGGCAUGUGGAAAGUGGGGACGGGGGUGAGGGGGGCGAGCGGGGGGCGAGGGCGGGCGGAGCAGUGCGGGAGGGGGCGGGUGCGGGGGGUGUGGGGGGUGGAGGGGGUGUGGGUGUGGGGAGAGCGGGAGUGGGAAUGGGAGCGGGAGGGGGAGGGCUGGGGGGGCUGGGAGGGGGGAUGGGGGGGAUUCAGAGGGGGUUGAUGGCGGGGGGAAACCGGCUGAAGAAGGUGCUGAGUGCUGACUGGGGGGGUGUGUCUGUAGACGAUCUCCUUGCUUCCAUCCGCAACCCCACCCACUCCUCUGCCACCCCCGCCAGCAAUCCCACCACUACCACUGCUAACACUGCAAGCACUGCCACUGCCACUACCAACGCUGCGAGCACUGGCAGUAGUGGCAGCGGCGGCGGCAGUGGCAGCAUUGCAAACGCAUCUGGGAUUCCAAAGGGGAAUAGAAUGGGGAGUGUUGGGGAUGGUAGCAGUGCGAGCAGUGGAGGUGGUGGCGGUGGUGGUGGUGGUGGGUGGGGAGAGCGGCGGCGGGGAAAGGACGGGGGGACAAGUGAAUUGGGGAGUGUUUCGGAGAGAGUAGAAGGGGAGGGGGAGGAAGGAGAGAGGGAAGAAAGGGAAAGAGAGGAGGGGCAGAGGGAGGAGGGGGAGUGGCAAGUGGUGGGGGCAGCAGAGUGGGAUGGGCGCGGGGCAGGUGCAGGGGAGAGUGGGGUGCAUGAGGGCAGGAAGCAGCGAGUUGGGGGGUCGGAACGGAGAGAGGCUGGGUGGGAGGUAGAGGAGGAAAACGAGAAAGAGGAGGGAGAGGAUGGCUGGGGGCUUGGAUUCGUGGGGGGAGGGGGAAGCUUCCGUGAAGGUGCAGCAGGAGGAGGGGCAGCAGCAGCGGCAGAGGGUGGUGAAGCAGAGAGGAGAGGAAAGCUAGGGGCUGGGACGAGGAGAGAGGAGGAGGGACGUGGGGGCGCUGUGCGGGUGGCAGAGGAAGAAGAGGAGGAGGAGGUGGAGGAGGGGGAAGAGGAAGGGCCCUGUGCUGCAGGCAGAACACUGAGUGCUGAGGUUGAAGGGGGGCGGAGGAGAGGAGUAGCAGCAGGAGGACGAGGGGAGAGAGGGGGAGGAGGAGGAGGAGGGGUGGAGAAAACUGGGCUGUUUGUGGGCAGCGCGAGGAGCGAGUGGAGCGAGAGGAGCGAAAAGAGCGAGGGGAGCGAUGGGGCAGGCGGGGGGGAGAAGCGGGGGGGCAGCAUCCUGCAGGCGUAUGUGAGGCAGCGGUCGUUCAACGGCCGCAACCCCACGGCGGAGCAGGUGUGGUCGUGGAUCCUGGGCCACGAUGAUGAUGCCGACGCUGGUGGGGAUGGUGGGGAUGGAGGAGAUGGAGAUGGGGGAGGUGAUGGGGACGGGGGGUGCGGUGACGGUGGUGCUGGUGGGGGUAAUGGCGAUGGGGGAGGCGAUGGGGGCGCGGGGGAGGGUGGUGCGGGGGAGGGGGCGGGAAGGAAGGAGGGGGAAGGCGGGGAGGGGAAGGAGGGGGAGGAGGAAGAGGAGGGGGGCGAUGCGCGGCUGACGGUUGAUCCAGUGGUGGCAGAGCAACUGGGGGUGACUCCUGAGAGGGUGGCGGAGUGGCUGUGGACGCUGCAUAAGAUAUCGGUGGACGUGGAGCGCACAGAUAGGCACAUGGCGUUCUACGCGGAUCGCAGCAACCUGGCGGCCAUGAGCGACAUUCUGGCCGUGCAUGCUUGGAUCGACCCUGCUACUGGCUUCUGCCAAGGCAUGUGCGACCUGCUAUCGCCCUUCAUCAUCCUCUUCCCGCACCCCGCCGACGCCUUCUGGUGCUUCGAAAGCCUCUUCUCCAGAAUCCGCCACAACUUUCUCACAGAAGGCCCGGUGGGCAUACUGCGGCAGCUAGCUGUCCUACGAGACGUGGUGGCGCUGGUGGACCCUGAGCUGGCCUCGCACCUGGAGGAGCUGGGCGCCGACAACUUCAUGUUCGCCUUUCGCAUGCUGCUCGUGCUCUUUAGGAGAGAACUUCCCUUGUUGGAUGUCAUCGUUAUGUGGGAGGUGGGUGCAAGGGAAGGUGGAGGGGGGUUGGAUAGAAGGAGAGAACUUCCCUUGUUGGAUGUCAUCGUUAUGUGGGAGGUGGGUGCAAGGGAAGGUGGAGGGGGGUUGGAUAGAAGGAGAGAACUUCCCUUGUUGGAUGUCAUCGUUAUGUGGGAGGUGGGUGCAAGGGAAGGUGGAGGGGGGUUGGAUAGAAGGAGAGAACUUCCCUUGUUGGAUGUCAUCGUUAUGUGGGAGGUGGGUGCAAGGGAAGGUGGAGGGGGGUUGGAUAGAAGGAGAGAACUUCCCUUGUUGGAUGUCAUCGUUAUGUGGGAGGUGGGUGCAAGGGAAGGUGGAGGGGGGUUGGAUAGAAGGAGAGAACUUCCCUUGUUGGAUGUCAUCGUUAUGUGGGAGGUGGGUGCAAGGGAAGGUGGAGGGGGGUUGGAUAGAAGGAGAGAACUUCCCUUGUUGGAUGUCAUCGUUAUGUGGGAGGUGGGUGCAAGGGAAGGUGGAGGGGGGUUGGAUAGAAGGAGAGAACUUCCCUUGUUGGAUGUCAUCGUUAUGUGGGAGGUGGGUGCAAGGGAAGGUGGAGGGGGGUUGGAUAGAAGGAGAGAACUUCCCUUGUUGGAUGUCAUCGUUAUGUGGGAGGUGGGUGCAAGGGAAGGUGGAGGGGGGUUGGAUAGAAGGAGAGAACUUCCCUUGUUGGAUGUCAUCGUUAUGUGGGAGGUGGGUGCAAGGGAAGGUGGAGGGGGGUUGGAUAGAAGGAGAGAACUUCCCUUGUUGGAUGUCAUCGUUAUGUGGGAGGUGGGUGCAAGGGAAGGUGGAGGGGGGUUGGAUAGAAGGAGAGAACUUCCCUUGUUGGAUGUCAUCGUUAUGUGGGAGGUGGGUGCAAGGGAAGGUGGAGGGGGGUUGGAUAGAAGGAGAGAACUUCCCUUGUUGGAUGUCAUCGUUAUGUGGGAGGUGGGUGCAAGGGAAGGUGGAGGGGGGUUGGAUAGAAGGAGAGAACUUCCCUUGUUGGAUGUCAUCGUUAUGUGGGAGGUGGGUGCAAGGGAAGGUGGAGGGGGGUUGGAUAGAAGGAGAGAACUUCCCUUGUUGGAUGUCAUCGUUAUGUGGGAGGUGGGUGCAAGGGAAGGUGGAGGGGGGUUGGAUAGAAGGAGAGAACUUCCCUUGUUGGAUGUCAUCGUUAUGUGGGAGGUGGGUGCAAGGGAAGGUGGAGGGGGGUUGGAUAGAAGGAGAGAACUUCCCUUGUUGGAUGUCAUCGUUAUGUGGGAGGUGGGUGCAAGGGAAGGUGGAGGGGGGUUGGAUAGAAGGAGAGAACUUCCCUUGUUGGAUGUCAUCGUUAUGUGGGAGGUGGGUGCAAGGGAAGGUGGAGGGGGGUUGGAUAGAAGGAGAGAACUUCCCUUGUUGGAUGUCAUCGUUAUGUGGGAGGUGGGUGCAAGGGAAGGUGGAGGGGGGUUGGAUAGAAGGAGAGAACUUCCCUUGUUGGAUGUCAUCGUUAUGUGGGAGGUGGGUGCAAGGGAAGGUGGAGGGGGGUUGGAUAGAAGGAGAGAACUUCCCUUGUUGGAUGUCAUCGUUAUGUGGGAGGUGGGUGCAAGGGAAGGUGGAGGGGGGUUGGAUAGAAGGAGAGAACUUCCCUUGUUGGAUGUCAUCGUUAUGUGGGAGGUGGGUGCAAGGGAAGGUGGAGGGGGGUUGGAUAGAAGGAGAGAACUUCCCUUGUUGGAUGUCAUCGUUAUGUGGGAGGUGGGUGCAAGGGAAGGUGGAGGGGGGUUGGAUAGAAGGAGAGAACUUCCCUUGUUGGAUGUCAUCGUUAUGUGGGAGGUGGGUGCAAGGGAAGGUGGAGGGGGGUUGGAUAGAAGGUGGGUUACAGGGGAGAUGAUGUGGGCAGCGGACUACGAUCCGCGCAUGGCAGCAGUGCUGCUGCACCAUCCCCCGAAGGCCUCUGCCUGGCAGCCGAAUCAGUUGUUGAGGGGCCUCAGAAAGACUCCUCAACCCCAGUUGCCCCCUGUCCGCUGUCCCCUGUCCCCUGUCUGUCACCCAUGUUCCCCACCCCCCCAGAUGAUGUGGGCGGCAGACUACGAUCCGCGCAUGGCAGCAGUGCUGCUGCACCACCCCCCCGAAGGCCUCUCCCUGGCAGCGGAACCCCUCGCCUGGUCCGCCGGCCUGCCCCCUCUCCAACCCCCCUCCACCGCCCCCAACUCCUCCCCCACACACCCUGCACACUCCGCACAUUCCUCCCUCCCCCCGACCCAUCCCGACCCCUCCCCCUUCCCCGCCAUGCCCCCCAUCCCCCCGUCCCUCCCCCCGGUGCUUGCCCUGGGGCUGGGGAAGAGGUCUGGGCGCAAGGGGGGGAGCAUGGGGGGGGGCAUGGGGGGAGUGGGGGGAGCGGAGGGGGCAGGGGGAAGGGGGAUGUCGCGGUGGGGGGAGGCGAGGGUGGGGGAUGAGGACCUAGCAGUGUUCUGUGUGGCGGCCAUUUUGAGAGCCAACAGGAAGAGGCUGUUGCAGGUGGAGGGCUCAGACGAAGCCAUCAAGGUGCGCCCCGCACUCUGCUCUCACAGUCACCUCUCUGCUCUCACAGUCACCUCUCUGCUCUCACAGUCACCUCUCUGCUCGCCCUCAUGCACGUCCCUCUCUGCUCGCCCUCAUGCACGUCCCUCUCUGCUCGCCCUCAUGCACGUCCCUCUCUGCUCGCCCUCAUGCACGUCCCUCUCUGCUCGCCCUCAUGCACGUCCCUCUCUGCUCGCCCUCAUGCACGACCCUCUCUGCUCGCCCUCAUGCACGUCCCUCUCUGCUCGCCCUCAUGCACGUCCCUCUCUGCUCGCCCUCAUGCACGUCCCUCUCUGCUCGCCCUCAUGCACGUCCCUCUCUGCUCGCCCUCAUGCACGUCCCUCUCUGCUCGCCCUCAUGCACGACCCUCUCUGCUCGCCCUCAUGCACGUCCCUCUCUGCUCGCCCUCAUGCACGUCCCUCUCUGCUCGCCCUCAUGCACGUCCCUCUCUGCUCGCCCUCAUGCACGUCCCUCUCUGCUCGCCCUCAUGCACGUCCCUCUCUGCUCGCCCUCAUGCACGUCCCUCUCUGCUCGCCCUCAUGCACGUCCCUCUCUGCUCGCCCUCAUGCACGUCCCUCUCUGCUCGCCCUCAUGCACGACCCUCUCUGCUCGCCCUCAUGCACGUCCCUCUCUGCUCGCCCUCAUGCACGUCCCUCUCUGCUCGCCCUCAUGCACGUCCCUCUCUGCUCGCCCUCAUGCACGUCCCUCUCUGCUCGCCCUCAUGCACGUCCCUCUCUGCUCGCCCUCAUGCACGACCCUCUCUGCUCGCCCUCAUGCACGUCCCUCUCUGCUCGCCCUCAUGCACGUCCCUCUCUGCUCGCCCUCAUGCACGUCCCUCUCUGCUCGCCCUCAUGCACGUCCCUCUCUGCUCGCCCUCAUGCACGUCCCUCUCUGCUCGCCCUCAUGCACGUCCCUCUCUGCUCGCCCUCAUGCACGUCCCUCUCUGCUCGCCCUCAUGCACGUCCCUCUCUGCUCGCCCUCAUGCACGUCCCUCUCUGCUCGCCCUCAUGCACGUCCCUCUCUGCUCGCCCUCAUGCACGUCCCUCUCUGCUCGCCCUCAUGCACGUCCCUCUCUGCUCGCCCUCAUGCACGACCCUCUCUGCUCGCCCUCAUGCACGUCCCUCUCUGCUCGCCCUCAUGCACGUCCCUCUCUGCUCGCCCUCAUGCACGUCCCUCUCUGCUCGCCCUCAUGCACGUCCCUCUCUGCUCGCCCUCAUGCACGUCCCUCUCUGCUCGCCCUCAUGCACGACCCUCUCUGCUCGCCCUCAUGCACGUCCCUCUCUGCUCGCCCUCAUGCACGUCCCUCUCUGCUCGCCCUCAUGCACGUCCCUCUCUGCUCGCCCUCAUGCACGUCCCUCUCUGCUCGCCCUCAUGCACGUCCCUCUCUGCUCGCCCUCAUGCACGUCCCUCUCUGCUCGCCCUCAUGCACGUCCCUCUCUGCUCGCCCUCAUGCACGUCCCUCUCUGCUCGCCCUCAUGCACGUCCCUCUCUGCUCGCCCUCAUGCACGUCCCUCUCUGCUCGCCCUCAUGCACGUCCCUCUCUGCUCGCCCUCAUGCACGUCCCUCUCUGCUCGCCCUCAUGCACGUCCCUCUCUGCUCGCCCUCAUGCACGUCCCUCUCUGCUCGCCCUCAUGCACGUCCCUCUCUGCUCGCCCUCAUGCACAUGUUCACGAUGUGGAGCUGGUGCUGGAUUUGGCGUCGUGCCACACUGCACUCUCCGCGUAUCAAUGCUUCUGGGCGUUUUCCUCCUCUCUACUCCCCCCUGCUCCACCCUCGUCUUCUCCCCAUCCCCCCACAACCCCCACUCCCCUUCCCUCCAUAAAUGUUCACGAUGUGGAGCUGGUGUUGGAUGUGGCAUCGUAUGUUCAACGAUGUGGAGCUGGUGUUGGAUGUGGCAUCGUGUGUGCACCCACACUCCACUCUCCCCUCACCACUCCAUUUGGGUGUUUCCCUCUCUCCUACCCCACCUUUCCCCACAUCAUACCCCCUCUCUGCCAGAUGUUCAACGAUGUGGAGCUGGUGUUGGAUGUGGCAUCGUGUGUGCACCCACACUCCACUCUCCCCUCACCACUUCAUUUGGGUGUUUCCCUCUCUCCUACCCCACCUUUCCCCACAUCAUACCCCUCUCUGCCAGAUGUUCAACGAUGUGGAGCUGGUGUUGGAUGUGGCAUCGUGUGUGCACCCACACUCCACUCUCCCCUCACCACUCCAUUUGGGUGUUUCCCUCUCUCCUACCCCACCUUUCCCCACAUCAUACCCCCUCUCUGCCAGAUGUUCAACGAUGUGGAGCUGGUGUUGGAUGUGGCAUCGUGUGUGCACCCACACUCCACUCUCCCCUCACCACUCCAUUUGGGUGUUUCCCUCUCUCCUACCCCACCUUUCCCCACAUCAUACCCCCUCUCUGCCAGAUGUUCAACGAUGUGGAGCUGGUGUUGGAUGUGGCAUCGUGUGUGCACCCACACUCCACUCUCCCCUCACCACUCCAUUUGGGUGUUUCCCUCUCUCCUACCCCACCUUUCCCCACAUCAUACCCCCUCUCUGCCAGAUGUUCAACGAUGUGGAGCUGGUGUUGGAUGUGGCAUCGUGUGUGCACCCACACUCCACUCUCCCCUCACCACUCCAUUUGGGUGUUUCCCUCUCUCCUACCCCACCUUUCCCCACAUCAUACCCCCUCUCUGCCAGAUGUUCAACGAUGUGGAGUUGGUGUUGGAUGUGGCAUCGUGUGUGCACCUCGCCAUCAAGAUCCGAGCCAAGUACCGCAAGAAGUCUAAUCGAGCCACUCGUGUGUUGCGGUAG